AACCUAAUUCUAAAAGUAACUGAGAAUCGCAAACUUGGAAAGCCAUGGACCAACGAAGGCACAUGCCACUGCGAAUUAUAUUUUCGUACAUGUGGAAUAGUACAGAGUUCUUGUGCAAUUAGCAUGCUAUUUCAUGAACAUUGUGGCCAUGUGAAAUGCAAAAGUUGGCGCAGCGCAGAUGUUCUGAGGGACACAAUGUCCAAUACACGCUUUCAAAAUGCUGUGAAGAAUAUUAAAUCUGAGGAGAGUCUGUUUUAUGGUCAGUUUAUAAUGGAUGAAAAGGAAGAAAGAAAAUUAGUUGCUUUCCAAAAUCAUGUGAUUCCUCGAAACAUAAUGGCAAAAAUUAUACGUGACAUAAUUUUUGAAAUAUUUUUGGAGGAAUAUAAUUUGCACUAUUAAAAAUGGCUGACAAUGUUCUUUCCUUGACGAAGAUUGAACAAGAUAAGACAAUCUGAAGGUAAACAAAGAAUCAAAAUAUAAUAGAAAAGAUAAUAAUAUGAGAAUACUCGGUGUGAAAAUGUGUUGUUAUUAUUUUAAUCUUUAAGAUCACAAAUGUUGAUAGCAGCAAUAUGUAUUUUAGGGCUUUGCACUCAAGAGCACCAAAAUAGUAUUCUAUGUCAAUUCUAAUUCUUUUUUUUUUUUAUUAUUAUUAUUCUAUGUAUUGAAUUCUAAUGAAGAAAUUCAAG